AUGGAACAAGACGAAUUGCAGAGGACGCAAGAUGAAAUCCCAACCGCUUCAGCUCCCAAUGACGAAUCUGUAGACGCGCCAUUGAGGCCGAAUAGACCAAAACCGCCACCACCGUUGGAUUUGCAGAAUACUGUAGGGGUCAACAUUGCGACUUCAUUGUUGGCCUCACAGAGCAGCCCUACCACAUAUAAACCAAGGAGAUUCACUGCAUCUGCUACUAUGAUUCUGUCUCCACGUCUCGGAUCAGAUGGCGUAGGCAGUCAAUCCAACACGCCGCCAUUAGUAGAUUCGCCAAUACCGAAGGCCAGUGAAGUCAUACAGCCAUCACCUGAAAUACUACCGCUGUCUAUAUCACAUUCAGCAUAUAGAGCCAUGCUGAAUGCUGGUGGUCCUGGAAAUCCUAGUGGAACAGGAGCAACAUCCACAGCUUCGCCGAACUCGCACACCGGAAGUGGUGACGAUUCUUCAUCAACAAGUGGUAGGAACAGUCUCACAAAAUUGGAUUCUUCUGCAAAACUAUUGCUGCAAUCGAAUGGAUCUCCUGUAUCCGUACCAUCGAAACCACUACGUCGGACACUGUCGACACAAGAAAAAUCAAAACAAAUAUUAAGCAUGCCCAGUUUGAUAAGAGACCAUGGAGUGGAAACUCCCUCGCUUAUAUUGGAAUACGCCCCAGACUCACCUAAUCCCAAUGGCAUUGGUAUAAUAUCACCUUCAACGCCCUCAAAUGUCUCGAUGAGCAUUGCUUCGAGUUCUCCAUCAAAGGGAUCUCUGGGACGAUUUAGUGUUUCCACGAAUAAUACAGGAUCUCCUGCGUCACCAUUUCGAAAAAUUCCUGGAGUAAUGGCAACGCAAUCUCCACUGAAUUCUACUCCGAAACGCAAAUUGCCUACGACCAACGCUUUGAGAAAUUCAGUUGGCUCUAACGACUCUGACUUUGAAGAAAACGGAUAUCGUCGAUCUGGUCAGCUGGAUAAUUCUGAUGGAGAGUUGGCCGAUAUUUUACGAGACUCUGAAGAAGUCAGACCGAAUCAGACCGAUUUUCUAGAUGAUAGGGGAGCCUCUUUUGAUUUGAGGCGUGAGAUGGUUGCUGAAUUACUAGCAGCUAAAGAGAAGGCUGAUGCUGUCAUCAGUCUCGUGUUGGGUUUACCAACUCAGUCUACUGGCGACAUCACUGCGAGAACGCCAAGUAGUGACAAGAAACGUAAAUUGAUGGAGCCAUCAGAGAACCUGUUGAAUGUCAAGCUUGUUCGGCCACUGUUGCAUUCGAAAAGCUGGCCUCCGUCCAUAUUUGCUUCGCCACACGACUUGCUCCUGACGCAGAUUGAAUCUAUUGGUACUCUGAUCAUGCAUACGCCAGCAUCGGCACUCAUCAAUACACAAGUAGCUGGAGAUUUUAUGCGUUCGCUACAAGACUUGAUGGAACAAUCAAGGAGAAUGGUGGUUGGAAAUGCCGAAGCGAAUGAUUUGCUGACCAAGUUGCUGUUUGUGUUUGCCCCCGUCAGUCGUGUGGCAGAAUCCCUAUAUGAAUAUGGAAAAACAAUGAGACGAGUUAGUUUACACGAAUCCGCACCGUCUUCGGAUGGAUCCCCGCAACAUCGACGUUCAGGUCAUCGAUCGUCAGACACCAAGCAUUCAAGGCCAUCGCACACAUCGAUACGACCAGGCGCACCUCCAUCCGACUUCCAAAGAACGGCCUCCAGUCCUAGGCUGGAUGAAACUCGCAAGCUGCUGAAAUCUGAAGGAAGACAAUUUGUUCCGCAACAUAAACGACAGGCACAAUCUGAAUCGUCCAUACAGUUUAUUUAUACCGACACCUCUACUCCCCCUAAGCCAGAAACCAAUCAGAAACCAGAAUUUUUGAAGUCUUCCUCCGUGAAUGAGUCCGAUUCGGAUUUUAGUGCUGACCACACGCAACCGAAGACUCCAACUCAUCGAGGAUCGAAAUGGAGCUGUACUGAUCUCGAUGGCAUAUCAAGAGCACCGUCAGAGUUCUCUACGGCUCCGCCGACUACAUCUCCGACACGACAUGCCAGUCUCAACGAAGGUCAACCGCGAUCUUCACCACUCGGUAGUACACCAUCAUUGGGAGGUAGUAGUGCUCAACUAAUGCACCUGGGUAGUAUGCAAUCGUUUGACUCAAUGCCCAACAGUCCCAGUCUAUCAAAGUCAUGGUGGCAUUCGAAAGAACGAGUAGAUGAUGGUUCACCUACACCAAAUCUUCAAAGCAAUUCCAGCAACACCAAGAAGGCACGACCAAUGUUUGCGUUUCUGAAGACCAUUCGACAUGCAUUUCACGGUAGUUCAGGAGCCCUUGCGCCAACAUCCAUGCCAACAUCUCCAAUAUCGACAUCCGGAACCAAUCUUCAUAUAUUAAUGGGGUCGAACCCAUCGUCGUUAUCCAUCAACGAUUCUAGAUCACAAUCUUUUGGCUCGUUGUCUUCUGCGGGUCGACGACAGUCAGCUCAGGCUGGGUUUCAAGCACCAACAUCAGUGCCAUCUGGUCUUGGGUUGACCCUCAAUACGGAUAGCAGAGAAAAUCCACCAGAUUCGCCAACCGUCAAAUCAGAUCGAUCUGGUGAAGCCUCGUUUUCUCAAACACCACCCUCAGGCCGAACUCCACUUUCCCGUGUGCUCUGUAGGAUUUGCGAGGAAAUGGUACUGGCUGAGACAUUGGAAGAACAUUCCAAAAGUUGCGCUGUGCAACAAGAGUGUCAUUUGAAGCAGUAUGCUUGUGAUUUGAAGCUGAAAAAGUUUGCCAAUGCUGUUGCUGCCCGAAAGGAACAGCUAAAAGUCAAGGAUUAUGACGAUUGGACGGACUGGCAACAUAUGAGAAAACUUGCAGAGACUCUCGAGACCAGAGCUUCCAAAGGCGCAAAACUGUCCGACGAGACUGGCAAAAAGAGUAUUGCCAAGUGUGAAAAGUAUGCCAGCCAAGUCAAAAAGGUUUUGGAUGAGGGAUCUAAAUACGCCAAAGUUGAGGUUCAAGUGUUUAGUAUUGGUAAACGAAUUCACGCUGUGCUGGAGGAGAAAGCACAAAUCCUGGCCAUUCAAGUCAGACGUGUUCAUACUACAUCCAACUUGCAAGAUACCCACGGUUCAAGUGGAUCAUUAUAUGAUGCAAGCCCCAACAGAAAGAAAGAUCCAGAGCAACGACAUUCCAGGACACAAGUCGACAGAGUCGUAAAGAGGAAGAACAGUGUGACUAGUGUCUCGAGUGAACGAAGUGCCAAUCCGAAUUCCCAUGAAGCUGAUUUGUACGCUUCUGAUCGUAACAGAGACAAAGCACCAAUCAACAAGGGCCGCUUCAUGUCCAUUUUUGCUGCUUUGAUGAGGGGGCCAGCCACUCGACCGAGAUCACCGAGUGGUUUAUCAGGAACAUCGGGAGGAGAAUCAGAUCGUGACCGGCGAAAGCAAAAGAUACCAUCGAUUCGGGACUUUGAGAUUUUGAAGCCAAUUUCUCGUGGUGCUUUCGGAAAGGUGUACUUGGCCAGGAAAAAGACCACACAGGAUCUGUAUGCCAUCAAGAUUCUGAAAAAGGAAGACAUGAUUCGAAAGAAUAUGGUCGCUCAUGUUUUGGCUGAGCGAAAAGUGCUGGCCUUGUCACGAAAUCCUUAUGUUGUGAAGCUGUACUAUGCAUUUCAAUCUCGAGACUACCUAUAUUUGGUCAUGGAGUAUCUUAUUGGCGGUGACUUGUCGACUCUAUUAUCAGCACUUGGAACAUUCGAUGAAGACAUGACCAAGAUGUACGCUGGUGAAGUGACAUUAGCUCUAGAGUAUCUUCAUGCAAACGGUAUCACGCACAGGGAUCUCAAACCGGACAAUAUGCUGAUAAACCAAGAAGGUCACAUCAAGUUGACAGAUUUUGGACUCGCUCGCAUCACCGUUCAAGACAAAGAAUCGGCUUUAAGUGCGGAGAGUCCAGAAGAGAUGCUUCAUCACUUGCAGCAUCUCAACACUUUGGCUCGACGUACGAAUGUACGACGGUUAACCGAAGAAUCAUCGUCCGUGGCACCAGACGGUCCCUUGUCUCCAGAAAAUGCACAUUUGCGCAGACCAUCACGACGUGUUCGUCACGAAAGCAAAGCACUUCUAGGAACACCAGAUUAUCUUGCACCAGAACUUUUACUGGGUCUCGGCCACGGUCCCGCUGUAGAUUGGUGGGCUUUAGGAAUAUGUAUCUUCGAAUGGGUUGUAGGCUUUCCGCCAUUCUCAGAUGAAUCACCUGAAGCCAUUUUCAGAAAUAUUUUGAACCAUGAUAUCGAGUGGCCUGAAGAUGGCAUACCUACAGAUAUCAAAUCACUGAUCAUGGGGCUUUUGAAUCCGGACUCUCACACUCGUUUCAAGGGUCCUCAAAUACGAGCACAUCCGUUGUUUACUGGAGUAGACUGGGAUCACCUCCGUAAGCAAACUGCACCGUUUGUACCGACACCACACGAUGACAUGGAUACCGGAUACUUUGAAAGUCGAAAUCAGCGCCCUGAUAUACAACGAUUAUCGUCCUUGUCGAUACCGCUUGGUGGUUUUAACGAAGCAGUACAUAAACUCGAUCCCAAUGCCGAGAUCUUGGGGCAUCGUAAAGAAGCAAGUAGUGAUAGUCAGCCUAUAUCACCCACAACACCAGUAGACCAUAAUAAAGCAGAGGGUGUCUUGCCAACCUCCGAAUCCAUUUCAAGGAGUCCACUACCAGAGAGUGCUGGGCCUUCCCGUGAUAAUUUCUCAGUGUCUGCAUCAAGGCAACGAUCCGUCAACUCGGGCAAUACUCUUGAUAGUCGAGAGUCAUUACGAGGAAGUGCUCGUAUCCGUGGUAAUGAUGUGUUGUCAGGAAUACUAAGCUCUAUGAACGUGUCACGAUCCGGCUCAACAUCGAAUGUCAGUGACGAUGGGUUACUGGACAAAAAGUCAUCUACCAAGACCAGUAUGUCUAAACUACCAACCAACAACAGCACCAAUCCUCCACAACCGCGUAAAAGAUCCGUGUCACAGACUGCUCUAGAUCCAGACCGAGCAAGUUUCAUGGAUGACCUUAAUUCCACCAUUCCUCGAAAUGCAUCUGCCGCUAGUUUGGACUCACAGUUUGAGCAAUUUACAUACAAAAACGUUGACGUACUGGCCUCUGUGAAUGACGACGUAAUCUCUGGCUGGGAGGAUCAAAAAUCUCGUCGAGGCAGCUCUGACACACAUGAAGAGAUCUUUAAUGCACCACUACAGAAACGACGAAUAUCAAAUACUCUUGCAAUGCAAUCAAGGAACUCGCCUCAUAGUAGCCUCGGUGACCUUGGCAAAAAGAAUGGAUCGAAAACAGAUCUGUCCUCCGUGAAGCCGUAA